AUGCAGGUUAUAUUACAAAGAGAAUAUGAAACAAAGCAAGGAUCACCUUCAAGGCUUGAUGCCUUUAUUUAGUCACUGGAAAAGGACAGAGACUGCCAUAAAUGUGAGACUGAGAAUUUGUUGAAGGUAUUAAGAAACACAUUCUCAAGUCCUAAGUAAAUCUCUACUUGUGGCAGCAUAAAAAAAAAAAAAUCAUCCAUCCAGGCACAGGAGUAGAUUUCCCAGCUUUGUCAGGAAGCUAUAAAAUUCCCCAGGCCUCCUAAAAGCAUCACUCCUGUGAUAGCUCAAGCUGUAUUAAGACACAUGGAGAUAGAAAGGAAUACAGCACUGUCAGAUUGCCAAAGGAUGCCUACACAACAGGAUGGCCACAAGGAGCAGUUACAGAUUUCCCAAGAAGCUGCAUUUAAUGAAAAGGCUCAUUUGGAACAGAGAAUUGAAGAGCUUUAAAUGACUGUUCACAAUUUAGAUAGUGAACAGUUAGAACAGAUGUCUAAAGUGGCACUGGUGAAAGACACCAUUGAUUCUCUGGACACUGAAAUGAAAAGAUUGACAAGUACUGGAUUCUGAAACUGAGUGAGUUGACAGGAAUCUGAAUAUGCUUCUCUUAGUUUAUUGAAUGAAAAGACAGAACUGAGUCUUUCAGAGAUUCAGUGAAGAUUUGUGAAGUAAAAACUUGAAAUGCAACUUAACCAAGAGAAAAUUAUGCAUUUAGAUGAAAAAGCUGAGAUGGUACUAAAUAAAAAACAAGCAAAGUACCAAACUGAGCUUGAUGAUAUGAAAUUGAAAGCCCAGGAUUCAAACAGAGAUAUUUUCAGGCUGAAGAAUGUGCUGAAGUCUAAAGUGAGAGAGAGAACUGUGAGCUCUUAUCACAAAGCCUGUGAACAAGGAGAAAGCUGGGAAGCAAAAUGCCAUGAAGCAGACAGGCUUUUCCUGUUAGACUGGCAGUGAUCAGUGCAAUCUGAGAGCCACAGUUGGAAAGGGAAAACAGAGUCCCUUGAAAUACAGAUGGAGCAACAUUUAACAACAGAAGCAGCAUACAAGUUUCCUAUUUCUGCCUUAAGCAACUCUCUUGUGAAAAUGGGCAGAGGGCCUCAAAACAUGCAUUAGGAGAGAGCCUCUGUACUUGGAAAUGUCACAUCUACACCAGAACUUUGCAUUAAAGCAGAUGCAAUCAAAGAAUGAUUAAAGUAGCAUUUAAUUUCCACAGCAGAGAAAGUAGAAAGGAUGCAGAGCAAGGGUGCAUCAAACCAUUCUGAAACAGAGCUGCUGGGAAAUAAAAAAGCAUCUAUAAAAAACCUGGAAUCUUCACUUGUGUCCAAUUGUGAGAAGGAAUUUCAGCCACAGAGAGCAAACCAAGAGGAAGUCUCUGAAAUUCAGUUUCACAAGGAACAGCUUGCUUUAGUAGAAAAUAAUUGUGCUGUGCAGAAUCAAGAUUUUACUCACCUCAGAAACAGAGCAGCAGAGUCAGAACUGGAUAUCACCAAAACACAGCUGGGGACUGAGCACUUUGAUAGAUGCGAGCAGCUUGAGCCAAAGCCCUUCACCAGAUACCACCGCCAGGAUCCUGACUGCACCUACGUGCUGCAACUGCCCCGCCACCUCCAACACUCGCUCGAGAAAAUAACCUGGAGAUGGCUCGUCGCUACCUUAAGCCACUUAGGGUAG